GGGAGUAAGAAAGCAAAAAGAACAGAUGAAGGAAAACUUAACUUUCCGGUGGUUUGAUUCCUUCUUUGAUUUCUUUUUCGGUUCUCUUUUGUCUGUCCUCUCUCCUCCUCUCCUUCCUCUCUUCUCCCUCCUUCCUCUCUCCUCCGUCUCCCUUUGCUCUCCUCUCUCCUCUCUCAAUCUUGUUCUUUCUGUGUCUCUCCUCAAACCAAAGUGUUGCAGUGAAGGACACGAGCCAUUGAAAUCAGGGUGGGGCCUGACAGCCACAGUGUGGCCCCCGCCCCUCGCUGGGCAGGAGCAGAGAGAGGGGAGAGCCCUGAGACCACAGGGCUUUGGCCUGGGCAGCUUCCACUUUCUGCCGGACACUCUGAGGAGAGGCAGAUGGAGCCCCAGGCCUCAGUGUUCUCUUUUUUCUUGUCUCCCUUCUCCCACCCGGGAAAUGAAACUGUUGGGCUGGGCCAUGGAGGCAGCAGAGACUCGGCCAUUGCAGGGGCCUCCGGGUGCCUUGUCCGGGCAGUGGUGGAGUAGCCGCCCCUCCCACCCCUGGCAUGAUGGGGCCUGGCACCUUGUUGACCCAUCCUCGCCGGAAUGUAAGCAUCUCCGCUGAAUGACUCCCUGCCCUUACCCUACCUCUGAGUUUGUCCAUGUUUAUUUCCUGAAGAGAGAAGGGACUGGUAAGAGGGCUUGGGUCCCAGCCCAAGGGUGGAGAGGGGGCCAAGGGCUCCUGACCAAAUAGGAAGGACAUUUGAGCAGAGCAAAAUGAAAGGAAUUACAACCAAAAACCCCCUCUGAGAAGACAGGCAGCAUGGAAGGCAUGGUGGAGAUGACUCAAACAAAAACUAUGAUUCUAGACCAAAAAGGAAAAAAAAAAAAAAAGGAAAGAAAAUCCAGGACUCACCACCACCCACUUCAUCCUGCUUCCUCCCCAUCAAGUCCCACCACCUGGGACCUCUCCCCACCCCAGUAUGGGGUAGUGGGGCAAACAGAAGAGGAGGAGCAGGGGGCAGGGAAGGGGCAGAUGCCCUGACGUUGGUGGAGGGACCCCUGUGCAGCCAGGGGUGCUGGGGACCCUCCCCAUCCAACCCUCACACCUAGGAAAAGAAAAACAAGAAAAAAGAAAAUUCCUGGGAGGGGGAAAAAUAACCAAAUCCCAAGCUUUAACUACAGCUGUGAAACCAAAUAUUGGGAAGGGGGUAGGAGGGAAGGAGGGGCAGGUGAGCCCCAGGUCUCCCCCCUGGGCCCCCCUCCCCCGAGGACUCGAGAUAAGGCACCAAAUACCUCAUAGAACUUUAAUGUUAAAAAAAGGAAACCAAAUAUCGUUGGCUGGGGGCCAGCCAGGGCAAGGGGCUGGGGGGCUGGAGGGAGCCAGGGUUGGGAAGGUGAUGGGGGAAUUCAUGCCCCCCACCCCCAUCUGCCCCUUCCACUCUGGUCCCCCGUCUCGACUCCGGGAAACAAAACUAUCUCAUCGUUUUUAUUUUGUGGUCUGUACAGAGCCUGUGUCCGUGUGUCUGUGUGUGAGCGAGAGAGUUGGAGGGCUGGGGAGCUUUAUGUGGGGGAUGGGGAGGGAAACCCCAGGCUAGGCUAUGGGCUAGGUUAGGUGUCUGAGGUUGGGAGCUGAGGGCCUGGGCUAGAAAGAGAGGAGAGAUGAGUGGAUUGGAGCAGUGGGGAGCCCUCUGAAUUUCUCUUCUCCCCAACCUUGACCUCCUACUUAAGGGAGGGACAGAGACUGGGUCUACCCUAAUGGUGGGCCUUUUCAUUGUGCCAAAAAAAAAAAAAAAAAAAAACUGAUGCCAGUAACUAAACCACCUCUCUCUGUUCUCUUCUAGGGGGUGGGGUGGGUGUGUGUGUGUUGGGGUGGGUAGGGAUGGGGAACCCAAGCCCCAGUAGGAGUUGGGGCUGAGAUCAGGAGGGGAAGGAUAUGAGUUUUCUACCCAUCUCCCCGGAGAAGGCCAUGAUGGGCUCUCCAAGCCCUGGGGAGAUUUGGUGAGGGACUAGCCAAGUCAGGGUGACCUCUUGACCUGACUAGUUUUUCUAACCCACCCGAAUACCAGGGUGCCUCUCUCUUCCUCUAGCCCAGGGUAGGGGGACCUGAGUGAGAGAGUGAGACAGACAGCAAGAUUGAGACACGCGGGCCCCCACUGGUCUCUGAGUGGGAAAGGCAAGUGCGAGAGAUAAAGGCCUCCAAGAGAAAAAAGAAACAAACCAAAGAUUUAACCAUUAAAAAAAAAAAAAAAAAACCCACAGACAACUCCGCUACCUUUUUAUACGUUGGAAAAAAAAGUGAAAAAAAUUUAAAAAUAAAAAUAAAAAAAAAAUACACAAAAACUCCAAGCCGCAGGUCCUUCAUGCGGUUUAAACUUUGACCUCAGCAGUCUCCAAAGCAAGACGACGAUGACAAAGGCGGAAACAAAGAAAAAAUAAUGUAUAUUUUUAAGUAUUUGUCCUUGAAUUGUUAGCUCCUUGUUAAACAAACAAGAAAAGGAGAGAAAAAUCCAGAGAGAAGUGUUGCUGGGAUGGAGACGACUAUUUACUAUGUCUGUGACCCCUCCCUUUUGCCUCCCUCCCCUUCCUCUCUUUCCUGUCCUCUAUCCUUGCUGCCCCUCCCCCAACCUGUCCCCCAAACCCAGGGGCUCAGUAUUUAUUUAUUUAUAUAAUUGCAGGGUGACUGGGGGCCUCUCUCGGCAACUCAUAGAGGGCCUUUGGAUCAUGGUGGGGUGGGGAAAGAGUGAGGAGUCUUUGGGAAGAGCAGGGGCCUGAACUUGGAUCAACUCCUUUCUGGCCUCUUGUCCCACUGCUGCCACCAUCACCUUCCAAAUCCAGGGCUGCACUAGGGCAAGGUGACCACCCUACCUCGUAAAGACCUGAUUGGCGCAGCCCAUUCUGGUGUGGGUGUCUCUCACUGCCCAGAAUGACCAGGUUGGAAUGGAGGUGGGUGAAGUUGGAGGGGGUGGCAAGUACAAGGCAAGGGUGCCCAAGAACUGGCAUCCAGAAAUCAGCCCCAGAGUAGACCUGUCUUUCCUCCAUCCUCACCAAGUUAGCCUCCCUUUCAGUUCCGUCUGACCCCUGUGUUGGUAGCCCCUUCCUUCCCUUCCUGUACCCCCUCCCUGUCUCUUCUCGUGGUAGCGGGUUAGCGUUUCAGUGUUCUUAACUCCAAUCUGCUUGUUCAUUGUACAAUGUGCUUCUUUUAAGGCCCCAUUUUUGUAACUUGAGUGUGUCAUUCAUCUGAACAACAAACAUCAAAAAAUAAAAAAUUAAAAACUGUACAGAGAGAAAUGA